AUGGUUCUGGGUAAAACACGAUAUCUGCAGGCCUGUGUAAUAGGUGGUACGCUUGCAGAUAUUGUUCGUGACUACCGAACCCAGGUUGAUUUCUUAGCCGUCUACCUCGCCGAAGCUCAUGCCAAAGGUCAAUGGCCUCUAGGAAGUAACAACAGUUACACGAAAGAACACAAGUCUCUUCAAGAAAGAAUCGCUGCAGCUAAAGACCUUCUAAAAAUAGAUGCAGAAACAUAUAAUUGCAUGACCGAUGACAUCGCUGAUGUUUCAAAAUUCCGUAUCGUCGUUGACCAAAUGGACAACCUCUUCUCCAGGAUGUUCAACGCGUACCCAGAUCGGGUGGUAUUCAUACGCGAAGGGAAGAUUGUGUAUUUUGGUAAAAACAUCUUAGGACAAAUGCAAGACCCUUCAAGAUUGAUGACACACGAAGCACGUGAAUGGUUAGAAGAAAAUGUUGGAUCUGAUUUCAUGUAA